UUUCCUCCUCUCUCCCUCCCCCUCCACACCGUCUGUCUUCUCUCUCUCUCUAUCUCUACAGUGGCCGAAGCCACUCUCCGUCCACAGUACACAAAUCCCCAAUAUCGCCUUCUCCCCCUCUCAAUCAAUCGGCUUAGGGUUUCUACUCAUCCCUCUCAAUUCGUUCUCUGCCCCUCUGUGAUGCUUCAGGCUCCGUCUUUACCCCAAUUUGAUUCUCCGCAAUGUACACUCCGAUGAACCUGCCCAAGCAGCAGAUCGUCCGCCGCGGCCCCGCCGACGAUGACGACGGAGACGGCUCCUCCUCCGCCCCCGCAGGGACAGCCGAUUCCCUCGGCCACCCACACAUGGCAUACGAGGUUCACGGCCUCGACGACGGCGCCGCCGCGGCCGCCGGCAUGGGAGGCGUGAUCGAGAGCAUCCCCCCGGACGCCGUUUACGCCACUGGGUCUGGCUCCGAGAUGGCGAUCCCCGACGGCGAGGACUCCAGUCAGCUUACGCUGUCGUUCAGAGGGCAGGUUUAUGUGUUCGAUGCGGUCACUCCUAAAAAGGUUCAUGCAGUGUUAUUACUGCUGGGAGGAUGUGAAUUGUCUUCAGGUGUGCAAGGCGUGGAAAUGGCUCAAGAUAACCAUAGGGGUGGAUUGGAUUUCCCAACACGUUGCAGUCAACCACAGAGAGCAGCUUCAUUAAAUAGAUUCCGUCAAAAGAGAAAAGAACGGUGCUUUGACAAGAAAGUUAGAUACAGUGUCCGCCAAGAAGUUGCACUCAGAAUGCAGCGCAACAAGGGUCAGUUUACGUCGUCAAAGAAACCUGAUGGAGCUGUCAGCUGGGGUUCUGGGAAUGAUUCAGGACAAGAUGACAACCCACAAGAAACUUGUUGUACUCAUUGUGGUAUAAGUUCGAAGUGUACACCGAUGAUGCGGCGGGGACCAUCAGGUCCUCGAUCUCUUUGUAAUGCCUGUGGACUCUUCUGGGCAAACAGGGGAACCUUGAGGGACCUUUCGAAGAGAAACCAAGACUCCUCUCUGACCCCAUCUGAGCAGGGCGUAAAUGAGACGAAUGGGUCGGUGUGUGGGACGGGGAAGCACUCGCAUGGCAGCAUCGAUCCUUUCUCAAAUGGAGAUAACCAAAGUCUAAUAGCUGAGCAAUGAGUGAGUGAAUGAGGCCGGAUAGGAAGACUAUUGAGAAACAAUAUGAUCUGCUUCUUUAAAUUAAAAAUGUACAGCCCCAUGAUACUGCCUUAAGGAAUGCAGUAAGGUUUGAUCUCUUCGGUCUCAUCUUCUUAUUGUUGUUUGCCUCGUAAAGAUUUUCGAUCCCAUGUAUGUCUUUCACAUGUAGAGAUAUUCUCCUGAGAACUCUUUAGUUAGAAGCCCAACUCUUUGAUGAUC